GUUUCGAGUCGCGACGCUAUGGCGAGUCGUAGCUAUUGCGCUUCUGGUAUUCAGCUUGGUAGCAAGCGCCGCGAGCGAUGCUUACGAUCCGGAGAAUGAGGGCUUGCUCGACCGAGUCCUGAGGGUGAGCAUGGCCGAGCGAUAACAACGCCCGGCGACCGUAGCUCAACCCGUCGUCAUCACUGCUCGCACAGACAUUCCAGAAGAGGGUCAUGAGCCGCACAGACGAGGAGAUUACAGGCGCUCGUCUUCAGAUUGCCGCAACGCUGAACCCGGUCUUCAACUCGCGCGUGACGUCGAUCGUAGGCAAGUACGACGGCUCUUCGAUCAAUACCGAGGUGCUUCAUAUGCCACCACCGCCAGAGGCGGGCAUCGACGACAGUAUUCCAUGGAAGAGCUUUGCUGCACCAGGCACCCGCGCAGGGGGGAGCAAGGUAUGGGUCAUCCUCGUUUCUGCCCCUUCGGGCGAUGCAGCAUCGAGGCACUUCAAUCAGGUGUUCAACAAUACCCUCAAUCUCGUCGAGCCGCCGGAGGGAGAGACGGUUGAGUCAAUCAUCGCCCAGGCAAACCCGGGGCCGUUCGCCAAUGUAGCAGAGGAGGAGGAGAUCAAGUCAGAAGAGGCUUUGGAGCUCGAGAAGAAGCGCAGGGAGCGACUUGAGAUGAGGAGGCAGAAGGUCCGUGAUUGGCACUUUGGGGUUGUCGACUUUGAGAAUGAGCCCGAUCUGAUGUGAGUGGGCGUGGGAAUGACGCAGGGGAGAGACAACUUGCUGAUUGCUCGAUGUCAUGCUGCUGAUUCUUCCCCGCAGGUGGGCAUGGUGGAUCUGGAAAGUGCCAGUGAUGGUGUUCAUCACCCCCUCGACGAGCCCGGACCGCCUCUACGACAUGCGCUUCUGGAAGGUCGUGAGUAGAGACGCGAGACGCGACUGGCGACCUCUAGCUGACGUCGUGACGCUGGCUCGCAGGCCUUCAUCUCUGGCCUCACGCCCGAGUACAUUCUCUCAUAUGUCGCCUCUGGAGCAUGGAAGACGGAGCUCAAGGUGUGGAAGAGCCAU